UACAGCAGGCAGAAAGAACACACACACACAGCCAAACAUCUGUCAACAGGCUGAACAGUUUGGAAGACUCAGUUUGCCCUAACAAUCUGAACCCCUGUUAUCAGCGAAUCAUUGCUUCACUCCUAGGGGAGACUCUCACGCUGAAGUUCUCCAGGGUCUAUUUUCUGCUUUUUCUGCUGCUCAUGGAGCUGAGGGAAUUGUAUGCGAGUCCUGGCCAACCUGAGAGUCCACAGGGACUGUUCAGGGGAAUCAUAAAAGUUGCUGUUCAGCACGCUGACACUCAGACAUGUGAGAUUCAUACGCUGAUUCUCAGGGCUCUCCCUUCCUGUCACCAUAACGAGAUUUCCUCUCUGCUGAGCAGGAUUGCGGCACCUUGAGCAUUUCUGAGCCUGAUCGACGCAUCAACCACCUCAUGGCAUCUUUCAACUUCACCCCAUCUGACCCUUCAGCAUUUACCCUAAUGGGCAUCCCUGGCCUGGAAGAUGUGCAUAUGUGGAUUUCCAUCCCUUUCUCUACAUUCUACAUUAUCGGCCUUUUGGGAAAUUUCAUGAUUCUGUUUGUUGUAGGCAAAGAGCAGACCCUGCACAAGCCAAUAUACCUGCUGCUCUGCAUGCUGGCGCUCACAGAUAUCGGCAUAUCUACCUCUGUCGUGCCAAAGGCACUGUGUAUAUUUUGGUUCAAUUUGAAAGGAAUUACUAUGGGUAGCUGCCUCACCCAGACAUUCUUCCUUCAUGCAGUUUCUGUGAUGCACUCAGCCGUCCUCGUGACAAUGGCCUUCGAUCGCUACGUUGCCAUAUGUAGCCCUCUGAGAUACGCCACCAUCCUCACCAAUGCACGAAUAGCUAAGCUAGGGCUAGUGGGUUUGAUAAGAGCUGUUCUCUUCAUUCUGCCCCUGCCCCUGCUCCUGAGCAGGCAUCCAUUCUGUAACAACCGCAUUAUCCCCCACACGUACUGCGAGCACAUGGCUGUGGCGAAGGUGUCGUGUGGGGACAUCACAGUCAACAGGACAUACGGCUUGGUGAUGGCAUUUGUUGUCAUCGGGUUAGAUCUGAUGCUUGUUGCCCUGUCCUAUGGUCUGAUCAUCAGGGCCGUCCUCAGAAUCUCCUCCAAGAAGGUUCACCCGAAAGCCCUCAACACCUGCACAACCCACAUAUGUGUGAUGCUGACAUCUUGUAUUCUUUUCCUCUUCUCCACUCUGACACACCGGUUUGGUCAGGGCAUCGCUCCCCAUGUUCACAUCAUCUUGACCGACCUCUUCUUCCUCAUCCCUCCCAUGAUCAACCCUAUCAUUUAUGGGGUCAAAACCAAAGAGCUUCGUGAGAAAGUGGGCAAAUAUACCUGCAAAUGUGAUCACCGGGGGCCACUGACUUUAAUCCUAUGUGACAAAAUGGGGAAAGGAUGCCGCCUCAUUAAUCAAGUGUGCUCUGUCCCAGUUUGUCUGAGCUGA